UUGCAUCGCUGUGCGAAAGUAGGGUUUUAGUUUGCUUUAUUUAAUCAGUCUUGGACUUCUUUCGCCUUGCCUUUACUUUGUGCCAUUAUCGUGUCAACUCUAGCAGCUUUUCAGUGAUUUAUUUAGUAUUACUUUCUGUUCUGUACGCAAUUUGCUUCCUCGUUUUGUUGGUAGAUAAUUCAAUUGUGGGUGCAUCACUUAGUAAUUAGCAGUUGAGCAAAAUACUCGAUUUCGGUUGAAUCACUGGAUACCCACCAACAGGGGUCAUGACGAAGGCGAAGGUGCUUAUUCUGGGAGGCUGUGGCUUCAUCGGGCGCCAUCUGGUUCACUAUCUAAUAGUGAACGAUCUGGCCGAACGGAUCAAAGUGGUGGACAAAACGCCACCCCAGAUGGCCUGGUUGAAUCCCCAACAUGCCGAAACGUUUGCCAGCGCAAAAGUGGAGUAUGUCAGUGCGAAUCUGAUCAAUGCCGCUUCCUGUCAGAAUGCCUUCAAGACGGACGAUCCGGCCGGCUGGGAUUAUGUGAUAAAUUGUGCUGCAGAAACGAAACCCGGCCAAACGGAUCCAGUAUAUCAGGAGGGAAUAGUCAAACUGACACUCAAUUGUGCUAACGAGGCUGUGAAAUAUCACGUUAAGAGAUUUGUAGAAUUGAGCACCGGAAGUAUGUGCUCCAACGAGAAUGUACCGCAGAAGGAAGACUGCCCUGUUGAACCAUGGACGAUGGUGGGAAAAUACAAAGCACUAACCGAACAGGAGUUGGCAAAAGUAGACGGAUUGAACUACACAAUUUUCAGAUUGCCUAUAUGUUACGGGAUUGGUGAUAAAAAAGGACUCACUCCACGCAUUAUAAUUGCAUCAAUUUAUAGAUACCUCCAGGAACCAAUGAAGCUUCUCUGGACAGGAUCGAUGAAAUUGAAUGUAGUCCACGUAGAGGACGUCUGCGGUGCUUUAUGGGAGCUAAUCCAGAACGAGCAAACAGUGAGAGAGACGAUUAAUAUUUGCGACGACAGCGACGCGACGCAGGAAGCCAUCAGUAAUCUGCUGGCGGAAAUUUUCGACAUCGAGACUGAUUAUUGGGGAAUUUUAAUGUCUAGCAUGACCAAGAUGGACAUGGCUGGAGCCGUUGAGGAGAUCAACGACAAACACCUGGGGCCCUGGGCUGAAAUGUGCCAAAUAGACGGCGUUUCCAAUACCCCUCUAACGCCCUAUAUGGACCAUGAACUGUUGCUCUAUAAACAUCUUCAUUUAGACAAUUCGAAAAUGAAAAGCUAUGGUUACCAGCUAAAGCAUCCGAUCAUUCAACGAGAGUAUUUGGUGGAAAUCAUAAAAGAUUUUAUUGCAUUGAAUCAAUUUCCUUGUUCUCAGCUUCAGGCCUAAUUUAGUGCGGUACUUAACACAAUUGCUCAAUUUUUUUGUGAAGUUGAAUAAAUAUGUGAUCUCUUAUCUGCAAUUUGGUACUAGAUGCGAACUUGAAUCAUAUCCUGAACAGCGGCUUGUUGAGGAGUUAUACCCCUGAAUGACACAUAUUCUAUCGAUAGGAUUUUUAAAGCAAGUAUCGGGUGAUUUUUCAAAAGGACUUGCGUGUAAAUGUAAACAAAACUAAUGAGUUUUGCUAACGUUUGCCCCUACGUUUUUUUCGAAAAAGUACCCGAGAAAUGUGUCAUUUCAUGCAAAUAUUACUCAAUACAGCUCGUUCAAAGAUAAAAUCGCAAACCUAUGCUUAUUCCUUAAUUAAAAUCAUGAUUAUGAAACUUCUAGUGAUAAACUGUAUUCCUUAAAAAUGAAAAAUGUGUAAUAUGAGUACAUUAAAAGUGUAGACAACGUGCCUAAACCGUAGCGAAAUAAUGGUUAUAAUUUAUGGAUAUCAAAUA